CCCUGGCAGUGCUCUUCCAGGAGCACGCUCAGAGCCAGGAUGAUGCAGAAAUCCUGCAGAUAAUGUGGAAACCCUAAGGCUGGGGCUGUAGCAGGGUCUUCUGGAGGGGACCAGUGGCUGCAAGGAGCACCCUGCCUGCAGGUGCCUUGGGCCUUGGGAGUGGCUUUGGCAGCCCAGGCGUGUAGCCACUGACUGUGUCAAAGGGCAGAAUCCCCUUCCCCAACACACUGCAGAUGCCUGACAUUCCUGUCCUGGGCACAGGACGGACAGCUUGGAGGCUGGGGGCUGUCAAGAACACAUCUGGGUACCCCCACCGGUGCAAGUGCUUGCUCAGGGCGAGAGCUGCUGCCUGCACUCGCUCCACUGUCCCCUCCAUGGGUAGCGGUGCCAGAUGCUGGCUGUUACUGACUCAGUGCAUGGCAUUGUCUUUCCUUUGCUUUGUAGAAAUCUGCCAAGUAUGGGCUGGCACAUCUAAGUACAUCCGGAAACAGCUCUUAGAGAAGAAGGCAGUGGAUGUCGGAAUUGGAACAUUUGCGCUUGUCCUCGUGCAUGUCGGGGUGGGAGAGGACGAGGUUUUGCCUGUUGAGAGACCUGUGUUCCAGCUGUGCCGGUUUAUGAAGAUGUUUUACAAGCUGAAGUGUGCAAAGACCAAAAUUCCUCACGAGACACCAGUAGUUCAGCUGGACUUUGAGCAGAUUGGGGCAAACAUCCGCUUCCGCCCACAAAUCGUGCAGCAAUGCAUACACGAGACCCUGCUUUUCUUUGCUGCGGCCAUCCUAGACAAGAAGGAGGUGGAGUUCUUCUUCAGGAGCAUUGGCAUCCUUGCUGUGCGAAGAAAUGUGGUCAGCAUGACCUUCUUUGAGGAUUGCUUGCUGGAGCUGGAUGCCACAGGGAACAUGCAGGCAGCUCUUCUCGGGAACCCCAAGAUGAUGAGGAUAGUGGCCUUUGCUGGCAAAAACGAUUAUAGUCGGGUCAGUCAAGAUGGGGUCAUCGUGCUGCCAAGGUGAGCAGAACGGCUUCUGCAGUGGUCAAGGGAGCAGCGACUCAGCCCCUGCUGUGGGACGCUCUCUUGCCGAGGCUCCUCUCCUACCCAACUUAGGCAAGCCCAGUUUCCCGAUCCGCUCACUGCUCAUUCCCCCCUGGCUUGGAGAAUGCAAAGUGGCCAGCCUCCUUGCAAUGUGACCUGAGAGUGUGAAAGGAAGGCAGGCCUGUGGGGCUGCAAGCAGGGUGUGUGCUGGGAUCAUCAGCUCUUUGGCAGGAAGGCAAGGGGAGAACUGACAGAGGCUGAAGGAGACUGGGGGGCUCCUCAGGUCGCACAGAGAGCUGCAUCCUGUAAGGAUCUGGCAGUGGCUCUCAACGAUGCCUGCUAGCAGCUUACUGGCUUCAGCUUCUAGGGAGCAUGAGGCCCUUUCUCCCAGCUGGUGCCUUCUUCUUUCCAGGC